ACCGGGGGCCAGUUGGGAAAGUGGUGGGACUCGCUGAUUUCCCAAGGCAAACGAACCACCAACAAAGAAUACAAUAUCCGAUGUCCUCCUCCUCUCAGCCACCACCAUCAGGGCAGGCACAGGACGAAACAGUGAGGAUAUCAGAAGUGAUCGAAAAGCAGAACGAAUUGGAGGAUCAAGCAGCAGAAGUACUCCCGUUUGACAUCACGAAAUGUUCGAAGCCAGCUGGACAGAUACGACAAUCGGUAUACUCUUGUCUCACCUGUAAUCCGAUCAAACCAGAACGCGACCAUAUCCGAGCAGGCGUCUGUAGUUCGUGCUCGGUAAGCUGUCAUACCGACCAUCAGCUGGUCGAGCUAUUUGUCCGAAGAAACUUCGCCUGCGACUGUGGUACAGAUCGAUGCAACCCCGGCCGAUGUCACUUGGUCAACCAGCCCUCCGACUCAGUCAAUCAAUCACUCCAAUCGAAUCCUUCUACUUCGGCUACUGGCCCCUCAAAUCGAUAUGAUAAGAACUUUGAUGGCCAGUUCUGCAUUUGCGAGAGAGGUAAAACUUAUGACCCCGAGACGGAAACUGAGGAUAUGUACCAAUGUCUUGCCUGUGAAGAUUGGAGACAUGCUAGUUGUUUAGGACCACAUCCUGAUCCAGAUGAUUGGGAUGAUUUGAUAUGUGCACACUGUGUCCAAAACAACCCCACGAUCAAAUCCAUCAUGUUCAAACACGCCGGAGGAGAAGGCACUGGAAUGAUAGUCUGUAAAGACUCAGGCACGGAUGGAUCUAAUCGCAUCACUUGCUAUGGAAAGUUGCCGGAGUCAAACACAGAUGCCAAGCCAGAACCACCCUCAAAUCAAACGGACGCAUCAACCAGACCAGUUAAGGAUUCGGUCGAAGAGAGUACUCAGAUGGAAGAGACUGGACAGAAGAAAGACGAGGACUCGGAAGUCAUGUCUUGCGUGGGCGCCAGCUCCAAUUCACCCAUUCCAACCAAUCAUGAAUCCAAAAAGUCGCAAGAAGUGCUACCGACAAAAGAGGAGUGCAAAGGACUUUCAAAGGCAACCGAAGAAGUAGAUCGAGCGGACGAAAAGCAGACGUCAGCGGAGCCAAAGAAAGCCAUGUCGAAUAAAAAACGGUCAUCCAGUGUCAAUCCAAACAAACAGGAGUCAGCUUGCGGAAAGAAACCAAAACUAGACAAUGUCUCUGAUCCAGCGAUGAUCGAAUGUCGAGCCCCGUUCAAAAGCCCAGCCGAGUCUAUCUUAACCACGAUCGACCCCGGAUUCUCCAACGUUUUCUUGGCCGCUGGGUGGCGAACCAGAUGGUGCCCUUGUCCCAAUUGUCGGCAGGUUUUGGGUCAGCUGAGUUGGCUGGUCGAGGAGGAAGAAGACGUCUGGGAACCUGGAGAAGAUACCGAUUCAUUGAAAUCGAUCCAUGAGUUAGGACUAGAAGCCUUAAAGAACCUCCCUAGAGACCAACUGGUGACCGGCUUGAAUGCCUAUAAUAAGCUGAAGGAACACAUUCUCGAGUUCUUGAAGCCAUUUGAAUCGCAGGAUUUGUUGGUCACCGAACAAGAUAUUCGCCAGUUCUUCAACGAGACUAAGUCUAAAAUUCAUAAUCAAACUUGGUGAUCAUCAUCCUUUAACCCUCCCUCUCUCUUCUUAGUCUUAUUGAUCUUCUCUGGGUUGUAAAUCCCCUUCCUUUUCCUGAUUGUUGUUUGAUCUACUACAUAUACAUGAAUGUUUGUUUGUUUGUAAGCCUAUGCAUGUGUACUGUUCCCCCACGCAACUCCUGAAAUAAUAGGCACACAUCAAGUAGGCUGUUUUGUUUAAGAUGUUACAGCACCAAAAACCGUGUGUACAUCUGAGGCAGAUACUAAAUCUAAUUAUGAUCUUUUGAAUGUCGACUUUUUUUUUCCUAACAAUGAAUACAUGC